AUGGGUGCUUGUUUUUCAUGCAAAAGAUCGAACCAAAAGGUGACAACGAAGACCAUAAGAGUGGUGCACUUGGAUGGUUCAUUGGAGGACUAUGAAGAUCCAGCAACGGUUGAACAAGUUAUCAGUAACUUCCCCAAACACUUUUUAUGCACACCGAUCCAAAUUCUCCAAGAUGGUUUGGUCCCACUCAAGCUUGAUCAUCAACUUGAAACGGGUCAAAUCUACUUCAUGCUACCCAUCUCUACCAUUAACUUCAAUGCUUCUCCCAUGGACUUGACGUCUCUAACAAGGAAGCUCACCAAUAUCGCCAAAACCAGCAGGUGUCCAACCAAGUCGAUCUCGACAAGCCCUUCGACAAGCUCAGUAUGUGCUUCAAAACCUAAUAGCCCAAACCGGUUUCUAGACCGCCGGCAUGGUGAAACUCAAGAAGAGUGCUUGCUAAAUUCGCCUAAAUCACCUCUGUGGAAGCCGAUCUUGGCUACCAUUACAGAAGGUUAG